AUGUCUUCACUUUCAGAUGAUGUAACGCAGCUGUGUGUGAACAUUCACAUCAACGAGUUGGAAACUUUUCGGCUUGACGCCAUCCGAUCUGAUGAAACCUUUAGUCAAAUCAUGGAUCAAUUCAUUCUCGAACGAUGUAUGCCCAAACUCUCCAAACUUCACAAAUUUGCACUUCUCCCAUCCGAUAUUGAGAAAUCAGUUCUCUCCAAACAAAAGGAUCCCAAAAAGAAACGAAAAGAGCUCUUGAAAGAAUUGAUUCAUGUCCACAUGCAAGACAGCAUUGGACAAUCCACCUAUCGAAUGUUCAUCAGUCGAGACAAUGUCAUUCAUUUGCAAUUGUCUCCAACCAUUCCUCCAAGUGAGAUGAACAAAAUAUUCGGAAAACCACUCGGAUUUCUCUUUGCCAAGGAACACAAGAGCUCUCAUGAAGUUCCCGAAUUCUUUGAUAUUCUUUGCUCGUUUAUUGCAACCUAUGGAGCACGUAUUCAAGGUGUCUUCCGAGUGAGUGGUUCAGUACGACAAACAGAGGCUUUAAAACAACAAUUUGAGGAAGCUCCAGGAACGUCCUAUAAGGCUCCAAUGCCCAAUACAGAUCCCAAUGCUAUUGCAAGCUUAUUGAAAAUGUAUUUGAGAGAAUUGCCUCAACCUCUUAUUGAAUCGAGAUUGUACAGAAAGUUGUGUAACUUGUUUGAUGUGAACAAGAACGAGUCCAGUGAAUUAUCCGACAUUCAAUUACGAGAACGUGUGAUUGAAUUGAGAGGUUUUAUUCGAUCCAUGUCUGAGAAAAAUGUUACUGUAUUGGAAAGAUUAAUGGCAUUGUGUGCCUAUAUUGUGAAAUUGAAAGAUAUUAACAUGAUGACUGACGAAAAUGUUUCAUUAGUGUUGGGUCCCAACUUGAUGUGGCCAGAAAAAGACGAAGAAAGUGAAGAUGAAGAAUCUCCAUCGUCAAUUGCCAUGAAUUCUCUCAAAGAUACACCCAUUAUUUGUAAUAUUGUGUCGACCUUAAUUUUGAACUAUUCUCAGAUUUUUGAAAAUGAUUCCCCAUAUGAUCCGGAAUUGCUGGGCACUAAGAAUUUACCAAAGGAUCAACUGUGGGUCAAGAAAGCUCAACAAUCAUCCAUGGUUGCCUCACGUGCCAGUAGCAUUGCAAGUGUACUCAAUAAGAGCUCACCAGCAACACCUACUAAAAAAGUUGGUCCAACAUUUCCAGUACCUGGCCAGAAACCAACACAAGGAGGCACUCAAGGAUACAGCAGCGGAUCUGAUGUUGAAUCCAAGAAGGGUCAAACACGAAACUUUAGAGGUCACAUGCCAAGAGGUAUUGUUGAAAAACUCUCUGUUGGAAGCGACAUGAUUUAUCCAUUGAGAUUGGUCAGAUUAACAGGAGAAUCUCUUGUGCUAAUGACUCUUCGUGAUGCCACAGCAAAUAGUGAGGCUAGAUUCCUCAUUGAUCGCGAAAUUCCAUUUGAUCAUAUCAAGAAAUUAGAGACCAUGAGUCAAGUUAAAUCAACAGUUGCCAAGACCGAUGAGGAUAAUGACGAAGAAGAGACUCAAGCUCCAUCCUCAAGCACUGUAACACCAAGUGGAAGCAGUAACAGUGACGCUGUGAAUGGUGUCAAAGUCACCUAUCAACAAAAAGGAGGAUUUAACACCACUGUCAUUAUUACGAAGGACCUUAAUGGAACAGAGCAUGAUCCUUCACUCUAUCACUAUGUUGAUACAGAAAUGUCUCUCAAAGAGUGGCAUGCACACUUCUCGACCGUUCUUAAGCGAUAUGAGGUGUUUGUGAAUUUGGCUAAAUCCGAUCCAGAUAAGUUUGGAGCCGUACUCACCAAGAAGGAAUUCAAAAACGCAAAGCAAGCCAAAUUGCAACAACAAAAAAAGCUUGAGGAAGAGCGAAGGGUUGCACUGGAUCAUCCCGUCGAUGAAUUACUUACAUCUGAAGGUAAAGUGCAAAAUAAUAUAAUUAGUAUCAACAAACUAUCAUAUCAGCAAAUGAUCAAUACGAUUACACAAAUGAAGGAGAAGUUGAACAAUGAAGAAAAAACGAGGAAAAUGCUUGAAUAUAGACUACAAGAUAUUGAAGCACAAAAUAAGGAAUAUAUUCAAGAAGUUAGAAGUCUCAAAACGAAAUCCAUUCGAAUGUCUGAUACCUAUAAGGGAUUGUCACGAAAAUCAACACGUUUUACUCCAACCACUGAACAGAAUGAAGAUGAUGAUUACGAUGAGGAUGAUGAGUAUGAUGUAGAUAGCGAUGAUAGCAUGGAAUUUCGUUCAAACUAA